AUGCUUAAAGAUGAACUCCACGUGGAAAUGCCGCCAUGUGUUUAUGACGUCAGCGAUUUCAUCGAGAUGUUUAUGUUUUCAAUGGAAACCCAGACGACGAUUGGUUACGGCACUCGAUACGUCACUGAGGAAUGCCCACUCGCGAUAACCCUCGUAGUGAUACAGUCAAUUCUUGGAAGUUUCUUGCUUUCUGUUUUAACAGGAGUGGUUCUUUUUAAGUUUCAAGAACCAAAGAAAAGAAAACAUACGGUAUUGAUCAGCAAAGUCGCUUGUGUGUUUGAAAAUGACGGAAAUUAUUACAUCGAGGUUCAAAUAUUAAAUAUGCAGAGAUCACAAGUCAUAGGUCCUCAAGUCAGUGCGUUCUGCGUUAUGAACCUGCCGGAUGGAUCGGGAAAAUGCAGACUUGACAUGGAGUUGGACGCGUGCCAUGUAAAAUCUAGGUUGUUCUUUAGACCAAGGAUAUACAGACAUCGAAUUGACAAUAAAAGUCCAUUUUGGGAGUUUGAUAGGCGAGAUUUCGAAAAGGGGGACUACGAAAUUAUCGUCGUCAUGGAUGGACAGGAUGAAAUAACGGACAGCUACGUGCAAGUUAGAACGUCAUUCUUAUCGUCGGAAAUUAAUUGGGGACGCCAGUUUAAACAAAUGACCCCGACACGUGUUGGGAACAUGUUCAAACUGAACUUCAAUGAUUUCACACGUACCAUGCGCUCUCGGACAAUGUCCGACGACAGCGCGUCGGUGGCGUCCCGGUCCAGGCGGACGUCCCUAGCAUCCGGGUCCAUCACAGAGGAAGACAUGGAGAGUAUAGAGAUGUCAUACUUUGGCACGUGA